UACCAUUCUCUUUGCCUCCCCCCAUUAACUUAAUUAAUUCACUCCACCAAGAGAAUGACCAAAUAAAAGACAUAGUUUCUUUCUAGAUAACAAAAUUGAAGAACAUGAACAUGAACGUGAACAUAACCUCCAUCAAAACUGCCUCUAAUGGCAUAUGGCAAGGUGAUAAUCCUCUCCAUUUCGCCUUCCCUCUUUUAAUCCUUCAAUCCGUUCUCAUCCUCGUUCUCACUCGCUUCCUCGCCCUCCUCCUCAAACCCCUCCGUCAACCUAAAGUCAUCGCCGAAAUCGUCGGUGGGAUUCUACUGGGUCCAUCCGCUUUCGGACGUAACAAAACUUAUUUAAACCACAUUUUCCCCUCAUGGAGUACUCCCAUUCUCGAAUCAGUUGCCAGUAUUGGUCUGUUGUUCUUCCUCUUCCUCGUUGGACUCGAACUCGAUUUGUCCUCCAUUCGUCGUAGCGGUAAACGAGCAUUCGGAAUUGCUCUGGCGGGAAUCUCCGUCCCAUUCUUUUCUGGCAUAGGUGUCGCCUUCGUCCUGCGUAAAACCGUCGAUGGCGCUGACAAAGUUGGAUACGGUCAGUUUAUUGUAUUCAUGGGUGUCGCUCUAUCCAUCACUGCUUUUCCAGUUUUAGCUCGCAUUUUAGCAGAGCUAAAGCUCCUCACCACCCAAGUCGGCGAAACAGCUAUGGCCGCCGCCGCAUUCAACGACGUAGCCGCUUGGAUCCUCCUGGCACUCGCCGUUGCCUUAGCCGGAAACGGCGGCGAAGGCGGAUCAGAGAAGAGUCCAUUGGUUUCCGUAUGGGUGUUACUUUCAGGAGCCGGGUUUGUGGUUUUCAUGAUGGUGGUCACUCGGCCCGGAAUGAAAUGGGUGGCGCGUCGAUGCACGUACGAGCACGACGCCGUCGACGAGGCGUAUAUCUGUUUGACGUUGGUGGGGGUUUUGGUUUCGGGGUUUGUGACGGAUUUGAUCGGAAUUCAUUCCAUUUUUGGGGGAUUUAUAUUUGGAUUGACGAUCCCAAAAGGGGGAAGAUUUGCAGAGAGAUUGAUCGAGAGAAUUGAAGAUUUCGUUUCGGGACUUCUUCUUCCUCUGUAUUUUGCUUCAAGUGGAUUAAAGACGGAUGUUGCCAAAAUAAAAGGGGGAAAAGCUUGGGGGUUGUUGGCGUUGGUUAUAUCGACGGCGUGCGCCGGUAAGAUUCUGGCGACUUUUGUUGCGGCGAUGAUGUUUAUGAUUCCGACGAGGGAAGCGCUGGCGUUGGGUGUGCUUAUGAAUACAAAGGGCUUGGUUGAACUCAUUGUCCUCAAUAUUGGGAAGGAGAAAAAGGUUUUAAACGACGAAGUGUUCGCCAUAUUAGUGUUAAUGGCACUAUUCACAACAUUCAUCACCACCCCCACCGUGAUGGCAGUUUACAAGCCAGCCCGUGGUGGCUCCACCCCACCUACCCACCGUAAACUCCGAGACCUCUCCGCCAAUGACUCCCCCGUUAACGACGAGCUACGAAUCCUCGCUUGCGUCCACAGCUCCGGCAACGUGCCGUCCCUCAUCACACUGACCGAGUCAACUCGCAGCACCAGAAAUUCCUCCCUCAAACUCUUCGUAAUGCACUUGGUCGAACUCACCGAGCGAUCCUCUUCCAUCAUGAUGGUACAACGCGCCCGCAAAAACGGCUUCCCUUUCUUCGCCAGGUUCCGCAAGGCCAGCGAGUGGCGAGACCAAAUGGCUGCGGCCUUUCAGGCCUAUAGCCAAUUGGGCCGAGUCAAGGUACGGCCCACAACGGCCGUCUCUUCCUUAACUACUAUGCAUGAGGAUAUCUGCCACGUCGCGGAUGAUAAGAGGGUUACGAUGAUUAUCUUGCCGUUUCACCGGAAUUGGAGGGCAUUUGGCGGCGGCGAUGGGGCGGAGGAGGAGGUGGAGGAGAAUGUGGGGCAUGGUUGGAGAGUUGUGAACCAACGGGUUUUGAAGAAUGCGCCUUGCUCUGUGGCGGUUCUUGUGGACCGGGGUUUUGGGGCCGGUGUGGCCCAGACGCCUGGGCCUGGGUCCAUGAUCUGUGUGGGUCAAAGGAUUUGUGUUUUGUUUUUCGGUGGGCCUGAUGAUCGGGAGGCGUUGGAGUUGGGUGGCCGGAUGGCGGAGCAUCCGGCGGUGAAGGUGACGGUGGUUAGGUUUCGGCCGUCAUCGGGGGAUGUGACGGAGGGUAGUAAUGUCAUUUUGCGUCCGAUGCAUUCGAAGUCAAACGAUAACCAUUAUAGCUUCAUCACUACUCCCAUCAACCGGGAAAAAGAAAAGGAGGUAGAUGAAGCAGCAUUGGCAGAAUUCAAAAGCAAAUGGGAAGCAACAGUUGAGUACAAAGAGAAGGAGGUCAGCAGCACAAACAUGAUAGUUGAAGGGGUGGUAGCCCUUGGGAAGGAAGACAGUUACGACCUAAUCGUGGUCGGGAAAGGUCGGGUUCCCUCGAGCUUGGUGAUGAAACUAGCGGACCGACCAGCAGAGCACGCGGAGUUGGGGCCAGUGGGAGACAUAUUGGCCAGCUCUGGCAAGGGAAUAACAUCUUCAAUAUUGAUAGUUCAACAACAUGGAGGAAGUGGCCACGUAGAAGAAGCUCCAGUUUUGAAGAUAGCACAAUCUAAUAAGAAUGAGCUGCCUAUGUCAACUGAUGGAACCUCAAUUGAUCAUGUAUAAAUAUAUAAAAUCAUAGGUCACCUAACUUUGGUAUAUAGUUAAUUCAAAUGGUGCAUUAUGGUUGAUAUUUUAUUGUAUCAAUUCACUCAUUUCAUAUAAAAAUAUAGCAUAUUACUAUCAAAAUGUAAUCCAUCAAUGAUAAUUGUGUUUUUGUUGUU